AGAGGAGUGGGGCAAGGACAAGGGAGAGGAGUUAGAAUGCGUGGUGGCGCUCAAAGAAGGACCAGAGCUAGGGUAACUGAUCAAAUAAGAGCUACUAUCAUUGACCAUGUCAUAAACCACGGGCUAUCAUACAGAGAGGCUGGUGAACGAGUACAGCCAAAUCUCAGCCGGGACACACUGGCAUCCAUUGUCCGUAUUUUCAGAGAAACCAACAGGAUUCAACGUCUACCUCCCUCAGGGGGCAGAGGAAAGCUCCUGAAUGAAGAACAGGAACGUGCUAUUGUCAACAUGGUGAUUGCUGACAAUGAAAUAAAACUGAAGGACAUUCAGUCCAGAGUUGUAGAGGACAACCUUGUCUUUGGGAACAUUGCAGCAAUCAGCAUAACAUCCAUUUCUCGGACUCUAGCUAAACACAGAGUCCGAAUGAAACAACUAUACAAAGUUCCUUUUGAAAGGAACAGUGAGCGCAUCAAAGAACUCCGUCACCAAUACGUCCAGAGAGUCAUGGAGUUGGAGGCCAAUCAAGUCCCACAUGAAAUUAUCUAUGUUGACGAGGCUGGCUUCAACUUGGCAAAAAGGCGUCGCUGUGGGAGAAACAUAAUUGGCAAAAGGGCCACAGUUACCGUGCCGGGCCAGAGAGGAGCCAACAUUACCAUGUGCGCCGCAAUCUCCAACAACGGUGCACUCCUGUAUAAAUGUGAGAUUGGCCCCUACAACACAGUCCGCCUUCUCCUGUUUUUAAAAGACCUGCACGAAAGACUGGUGCCAGAGGUAGAAAGGGGACAGCCUGGAGAUGGAAAGUUUUUGACCAUCGUCCACAUGACCAAAUGUCCCUCCUGGAUGCAAUGGAUGCUGCAUGCCAAGACAUCACAGCGGAACACUGCCAGGGGUGGAUAA